AUGGCAGUUAAAGUUGCACUUAAUAGCUUACGGGUUCUCUGCAUACAGAGUCAUGUUGUACAUGGAUAUGUCGGCAAUAAAAUAGCUGUUUUUCCUUUGCAAGUCUUAGGUAUAGAAGUUUGCGUACUACUAGUCAUAACGUAUACAGGCUAUGCUUUUGUCAAGGGACAGGUGUUGGAUGCUGCGAGCAUGAAAGAUUUAUAUCUUGGUUUGAAGGCGAAUGGCCUCAACAAGUAUACUCAUGUGCUCACAGGUUACCUGGGGUCACCAAGCUCUUUAGAAGCGGUCGCAGAUAUUGUAUCCGACCUCAAAAAAGAGAACUCAAAUAUAAAAUAUUACUGCGAUCCCGUCCUAGGUGAUAAUGGAAAGCUUUACGUUCCACCCGAACUCGUUCAGAUAUACCAAGAAAAAAUACUCCCUUUAUCAGAUGUCAUUUUGCCAAACCAAUUUGAAGCAGAAAUACUAAGUGGUAUACGAAUAACGGAUGAAAAGUCUGCUUUAAAUUGUAUCAACUACUUACAUAAAAAAUAUCAUAUUCCAACUGUAAUUAUUACAAGUACUAAUGUGACUUUAUCACCAGUAAUGUAUGGUUAUGGAAGCCGUUUAAAGAAUCCAAUGAAAAAUAAUAAUAAUAGUAGUGAUUUGUUAAAUCAAACGAAUGGUUCAGUUACGAACAACACUUCAAAAUACGAUCGUGUACGUUUUAAAAUUCCACAUUUUGAUUACCAUUUUAUUGGAACUGGAGAUUUAUUCGCUGCUUUAACAUUAGCUCAUUUAGAGACAAAAAUUGAGAAUGAAAAUGGACAACAAGUACCUAAAUAUUCCUUCAAAGAUGCUUUCCAAUCGGUUCUUAGUACAAUCCAAACUGUUCUAUCAAAAACAUUAAAAAUAUCCGAAGGAGGAUCAUUGAACCUUUCUCAAUCUGCACGAAUCGAACUUAAAAUCAUCCAAAGUCUUGAUGAUAUUCGAAACCCAAUAUUAGGGGAUUAUGUCGAAGAAAUGUAA